UCUGUGAUGGCAUGUAAAUUACCUGCGGAAAAUGUUCAUCCUCUUUCUCGGGCCUUUUCCAAAUUAGAGGCAGUGAAACAGACCUUCGACCUAGAAGAAUAUAGCCUCUCUCAGGCUACCUUGGAACAGGUGUUCUUAGAACUCCCCAAAGAGCAGGAGUGGGGAAAUUUUGAUGAUGAAGUUGAUACAACAGUUAGAUGGAAACUCCUCCCCCAGGAAGAGCCUUAA